AUGGCUACCAACAUCACGUGGCACCCGUCCCUCUCGCGCAAAGAGCGCAACGAGCUCCGUGGCCAGCGCGGCCUCACCAUCUGGCUCACCGGCCUCUCAGCCUCGGGCAAGUCCACCGUUGCCACCGCUCUCGAGCAGCACCUCCUGCACCUCGGCCGCGCCGCCUACCGCCUGGACGGGGACAAUGUCCGCUUCGGCCUCAACAAGGACCUGGGCUUCUCCGAGAAGGACCGCAAUGAGAACAUUCGCCGCAUCUCAGAGGUCGCCAAGCUUUUUGCCGACUCUUCCACUAUUGCCAUUACGUCCUUUAUUUCCCCGUACCGAGCAGACCGUGAUGUCGCCCGCCAGCUACACGCCGCUUCGCAGGAUGUCAAAGACGAGCCGAUCCCUUUUGUCGAGGUAUUCGUCGACGUUCCUCUCGAGGUCGCUGAGCAGCGUGACCCCAAGGGUCUGUACAAGAAGGCUCGCGCUGGCGAGAUCAAGGAGUUCACUGGCAUCUCGGCCCCUUAUGAGGAGCCCAUCAACCCUGAAAUCACUAUCAAGACGCACGAAAACUCGGUUGAGGAGUGCGUCGCCCAAAUCGUCAACUGGCUUUUGGAAAAGGGAUACCUUACGUUAAACUAG